AUGUCACUCCCCCGCUGCCGCCACAGCCUCCUAGAGGGCCCCCUCCCGCUUAUCCACCUCCUUCACCUCCGCAAGGACCCCCAUCCCGCCCUCCACUACCUCCGCCACCAGUGGCUAGACCACCGUACACCACCCCCACCACAGCCUCCCCGACCACAGCCACCUAGAAGGCCUCCACCUGCAUACCCACCCCCUUCGCCUCCUCGUGGACCACCUCAACCACCUAGGAGGCCUCCGCCCGUAGCCCCUUCACCUCCUAUCCCCAGACCACCUCCACCACCGCAGCCACCCGUGGCAAGACCACCUCCCCCUCCCCGACAACCACCACCAAGGAGGCCUCCACCUGCUUACCCACCACCGUCUCCACCUCAUUCUCCUCCUGUUGCCAGACCCCCUAGACCACCACCGCCUCCACCAAGAGGUCCGUCUCCACCAUUUCCCUCUCCGCCACGUGGUCCCCCACCUCCUCCUGUUUCGAGACCACCACCACCACCAGUAUCACCACCGAGAGGCCCUCCUCCCCCACCUUCACCUCCCCGACGACCUCCUCCACCUCCUUCACCUCCCAGAGGACCACCUCCCCCACCUAUAGCUAGACCACCCCCUGGUCCUCCACCGAGCAGGCCAAAGAGACCUCCCCCUGCCUAUUUGCCACCCACAGAAGACGAGCAACCACCGGUACCAGCUCCUCCACCACCGCCGCAACCACCAAGGCCCCCACGACCACCACCAGCACCAAGACCACCGCCGUCUCACCCGCCACCUGCUCCACGGCCACCUCCCCCUGCGCCUAGGCCUCCACCCCCAGCACCAAGACCACCACCGUCUUACCCACCACCUGCUCCACGGCCACCUCCCCCUGCGCCUAGGCCUCCACCUCCGGCACCAAGACCACCACCGUCUUACCCACCACCUGCUCCACGACCACCUCCCCCGGCGCCUAGGCCUCCGCCACCAGCACCAAGACCACCACCGUCUUACCCGCCACCUGGUCCGCGGCCACCACCACCAAGACCACCACCGUCUUACCCACCACCUGCUCCACGGCCACCGCCCCCGGCACCUAGGCCUCCACCACCAGCACCAAGACCACCACCGUCUUACCCACCACCUGCUCCACGGCCACCUCCCCCGGCACCUAGGCCUCCACCACCAGCACCAAGACCACCUCCGUCUUACCCGCCACCUGGUCCACGACCACCUCCCCCGGCACCUAGGCCUCCGCCACCAGCACCAAGACCACCACCGGCAUACCCGCCACCUGGUCCACGGCCACCUCCACCAGCACCUAGGCCCCCACCACCAGCGCCAAGGCCGCCCCCGUCCUACCCGCCACCUCCCCCGGCACCUAGGCCUCCACCACCAGCACCAAGACCACCACCGUCUUACCCACCACCUGGUCCGCGGCCACCUCCCCCAGCACCUAGGCCUCCACCACCAGCACCAAGACCACCACCGUCUUACCCGCCACCUGGUCCGCGGCCACCUCCCCCAGCACCUAGGCCUCCACCACCAGCACCAAGACCACCACCGUCUUACCCACCACCUGCUCCACGGCCACCUCCCCCGGCACCUAGGCCUCCGCCACCAGCACCAAGACCACCACCGGCUUACCCGCCACCUGGUCCACGGCCACCUCCCCCAGCACCUAGGCCCCCACCACCACGACCACCCCCAUCUUACCCGCCACCUCCCCCGGCGCCUAGGCCUCCACCACCAGUACCAAGACCACCACCGUCUUACCCGCCGCCUGGUCCACGGCCACCUCCCCCGGCGCCUAGGCCUCCACCACCUGCACCAAGACCACCACCGUCUUACCCGCCACCUGCACCUCGGCCACCUCCCCCGGCACCUAGGCCUCCACCACCAGCACCAAGACCACCACCGUCAUACCCACCCCCACCACCAGGGCCUACCUAUCCUCCAAAGGGACCCCCGUCACCGAGACCACCAGCAAAAAGGCCGCCCCCAGCGUACACACCUCCUCCAGACGGGCCUCCAUUUGAGCCGCCACCACAACCGUUCCCAAGGCCACCACCACCAGCUCCACGACCACCACCCCCAGCACCUAGACCUCCGCCGGCUUACCCACCUCCUGCACCACCGGCACCUAGGCCCCCGCCACCAGUACCAAAACCACCACCUGCUCCACGGCCUCCUCCCCCGGCACCAAGGCCACCACCGGCUUACCCGCCACCUGCACCUCCCGCACCAAGGCCACCUCCCCCAGCACCAAGACCUCCUCCACCAGCAAGGCCACCCCCAGCUUACCCCCCACCAGCACCUCCCGCACCAAGGCCACCUCCCCCAGCACCAAGACCACCACCGGCUUAUCCGCCACCUGCACCACGACCCCCUCCUCCAGCACCAAGGCCACCACCGGCUUACCCACCACCUGCACCUCCAGCACCUAGGCCCCCUCCCCCAGCCCCAAGGCCACCACCAGCUUACCCACCACCUGCACCACGACCCCCUCCUCCAGCACCAAGGCCACCACCGGCUUACCCACCACCUGCACCUCCAGCACCUAGGCCCCCUCCCCCAGCACCAAGGCCACCACCGGCUUACCCGCCACCUACACCACGACCCCCUCCCCCCGCACCAAGGCCACCACCGGCUUAUCCGCCACCUGCACCACGGCCACCUCCCCCGGCACCUAGGCCUCCGCCACCAGCACCAAGACCACCACCAGCUUACCCACCACCUGCCCCUCCAGCACCAAGGCCGCCACCGGCUUACCCACCACCUGCACCUAGGCCACCUCCCCCAGCACCAAGGCCACCACCGGAUUACCCGCCACCUGCACCACGACCCCCUCCCCCGGCACCACGGCCACCACCGGCUUAUCCGCCACCUGCACCUCCAGCACCUAGGCCCCCUCCCCCAGCUCCAAGGCCACCACCAGCUUACCCACCACCUGGACCUAGGCCCCCUCCCCCAGCACCAAGGCCACCACCGGCUUACCCGCCACCUGCACCACGACCCCCUCCCCCCGCACCAAGGCCACCACCGGCUUAUCCGCCACCUGCACCACGGCCACCUCCCCCGGCACCUAGGCCUCCGCCACCAGCACCAAGACCACCACCAGCUUAUCCACCACCUGCCCCUCCAGCACCUAGGCCUCCAGCACCAAGGCCGCCACCGGCUUACCCACCACCUGCACCUAGGCCACCUCCCCCAGCACCAAGGCCACCACCGGAUUACCCGCCACCUGCACCACGACCCCCUCCCCCGGCACCAAGGCCACCACCGGCUUAUCCGCCACCUGCACCACGACCCCCUCCUCCGGCACCAAGACCACCACCGUCUUAUCCGCCACCUGCACCUCCCGCACCAAGACCACCUCCCCCAGCACCAAGACCUCCUCCACCAGCAAGGCCACCCCCAGCUUACCCCCCACCAGCACCUCCCGCACCAAGACCACCUCCCCCAGCACCAAGGCCACCACCGGCUUAUCCGCCACCUGCACCACGACCCCCUCCCCCGGCACCAAGGCCACCCCCAGCUUACCCACCUCCAGCACCACCUGCACCUAGGCCCCCACCACCACACCUAGGCCCCCACCACCAGCACGGCCACCUCCGGCUUACCCGCCACCUGCACCUCCAGCACAGCCACCACCGCCUUACCCGCCACCUGCACCUCCAGCACAGCCACCACCGCCUUACCCGCCACCUGCACCUCCAGCACGGCCACCACCGGCUUACCCGCCACCUGCACCUCCAGCACCUAGGCCCCCACCACCAGCGAGGCCACCACCGGCUUACCCGCCACCUGCACCUCCAGCACCACCGGCACCUAGGCCCCCACCACCAGCGAGACCACCACCGGCUUACCCACCACCUGCACCACGACCCCCAGCACCAAGGCCACCUGCUCCACGACCCCCUCCCCCGGCACCAAGGCCCCCCACCGGCUUAUCCACCGCCUGCUCCACGACCCCCUCCCCCCGCACCAAGGCCACCACCGGCUUACCCACCACCUGCUCCGCCGGCACCAAGACCACCUCCCCCAGCACCAAGGCCACCACCGGCUUACCCACCACCUGCACCUCCGGCGCCAAGACCACCUCCCCCAGAACCAAGGCCACCCCCGGAUUACCCACCACCUGCACCGCGACCCCCUCCCCCGGCACCAAGGCCACCACCGGAUUACCCACCUCCAGCACCUAGGCCUCCACCACCAGCACCAAGGCCCCCACCGGCUUACCCUCCACCGGCGCCUAGACCACCAGCACCAAGACCACCACCACCUGCCUAUCCGCCACCCGCACCGAGACCUCCCGCACCUAGGCCACCGCCGGCUUAUCCUCCACUAGAACCAAGACCCCCGCAUCAUCCACCAUCUCCCGGCCCUCCACAUCACCCUGGAGGUCCGCCUUCAACGGGGCCUUCUCCCCCUUUCCCCACCCCACAAAAACCCAGACCUCCACCACCUCCUCCCAGUAGGCCUCCUACACCUCCAUUCCAACCAGAGCCACCAAGACCUCCACAUGUGAGACCAUCUCCACCGCACCACCACGACGGAGAGGGACCAACUGGAGCUCCUGUUGUGGUGCCUCGCCCUGAUAGGCCGGGACCUGACGGUGACUUUCCUCCGUGCAAGGUUCAAGGAGAGAACUUCUGCGUCUUGACAAACGACUAUCCAAUGGACUUCGUAAACGAAAUGGUAACCAAGAGCUUUAAGAAGAUCAAGGUCAUGUACGAAGAGCUGCAGACAGUGGGCGAUCCUGAACUCUUCCCCAACCACCUGGGGACAGGAGCAGCGGCCAGAGGUGCAUUUGCUUGUGACACCGAAGCCAACAUCAUGCGACCCGGAUGGGCAAAGGAUGCUGUUUCAGGAGAAUGGAUGUUGGUAGUGAAUACUGACAUAUUCCCACAGAAGAUUCGAACAGAGAGCUGCAAGAGGCCAAACGAAGCUUGCUCUUUCAUCGCGCCCUUCUACGAGUCAACGUGCCAGCAGCGGUACAGCUUACACCGGCUGAUCACGCUACACCCGUGGAACCCUGAAAGGAGUCCCCAGGUGACCCUGUUCAAGUUCCCUGCUGGCUGCUCGUGUCGCGUCGCUCCUGCCGGAGGAGGCAGCCAGCAGCCUUCCUACAGGAAAUGAGAGAAGAAGACCUGUCCUCAACGUCCCUACGCCACUCGAAGACACACAUUUUUCUAACUACAUCUACAGUCGGAAGUGACCUGCUACUAACAGCCGUCAGCUCUGAGUCCUUCUGGGUCCAGUUAAGAUGUGAAGCACGUCUUCGGGUGUUUUCGGUGCGUCGGCGGCGUCGCCCGAAAGGACAGUUCUUUACCACACGAAACAGUGUCUCUCCUUCUUAAGAGUGUUGACAAAAGGAAGCCUUCUUUUGCCGUUCACGAAAGGUGAUGAAUGGGCGUUAUUGAGGACCGUUCUGCAAGUGCCAGUUAUUGAUAGACGAAGGCAAGGCGGUUGUGUUGAAAGGAAGUGUUGGCUGGCUCGUGCCUUUCGAGCGCUAUGUUAUGUAAAGCAAAAGUGGCGCCCAUUUGUUGAUGUGUACAUUUGUACAAUAUAGUGUACUGU